AUGGCGGAGACUGCCGAACCAACAAAGCAACGCAAGUCCGUCGCAUUCAGUGAAGGAUCAGUCAUAAUGGAUACCAACGGCCAGGUUACAGAGGCCCCUCCGGCCGUCGAGAAGCAGGCUACCGAAGCGCCGGACCAACAAGUCGACGAGGUGACCGAGCUCUUCAAGGGCCUGUCCAAGAAGAAGAAGACCAAGAAGACCAAGGACGCCGACGCUGGUGAGGAAGAGGCCGCCGGUGCCGACGGCGAGUUCGACCCCUCCCUCAAGAAGAAGAAGAAGAAGUCUAAGAAGCCCGACGCUGGCGACUUCGAGGCAAAAUUGGCCGAGGCCGGUGUUGGAGAGGAAGGCGCUGCUGAGGAGGAAGGCGAAAAGCUUCCCGAGGGCGAUCUCGAAGCUGGUACUGGUAUCUGGGCCCACGACUCGACACAAGCGAUCCCCUACUCCCUCCUCGUCUCCCGAUUCUUCUCCCUUAUCCAGAGCCACCACCCCGAUCUCCUGUCCAGUGGCACCAAGUCGUACAAGAUCCCGCCUCCCCAGUGUCUGCGUGAAGGUAACCGCCGUACCAUUUUCGCCAACAUUGCCGAUAUCUGCAAGCGCAUGAAGCGUUCCGACGACCACGUUAUGCAGUUCCUGUUCGCCGAAUUGGGUACCAGCGGUAGUGUGGACGGAAGCAGACGUCUGGUCAUCAAGGGUCGUUUCCAGCAGAAGCAGAUCGAGAACGUCUUGAGACGGUAUAUCGUCGAAUACGUUACAUGCAAGACCUGCCGCAGUCCCGACACCGAGCUCAACAAGGGAGAGAACCGUCUGUACUUCGUCACCUGCAACUCGUGCGGUUCUCGUCGUUCCGUCGCUGCCAUCAAGACUGGUUUCCGUGGACAGGUCGGUCGCCGAAAGAGACAGGGUUAA